GGAAUGCUCGUAGAGCAAUAUCGUGUCAAAGCGUGAGAAGACUUUGCUCGUGAUUCGUACUUCCCUUGUCCAAUACAUUACCUAACAUUGUCAGUCCUACAAUCUUGACCGUCCGUGUGUCAAGUCCACCGCCCGGGUCAUAAUUUCCACUCUCCACUCUUUUGCUUGAGCAGAGAUUAGUUCACAUUGUCCGAACUUCGCAACUCCAAAACUAGGGUUCUCUCCGGCGACAGUAAACAAUGGUGGAGCCGGCGACGCACGACCGCGAUGAGGAACUCUCUUUGUUGUCCCUGCAAAGCAAUGGAGACCACUCCUGGCGGUUGAACUUCGACGGGUUUCAGUUAUCGGCGGAGCACACAGAGAAUAAGCCUCCUCCUGGACUCCAGGACUGCCUAGGGGUAUUAGGCCCUGAAGAUAAUGUUGCAGUGUACUAUCAACAGCAAGUAGAAAUGCUUGAGGGCUUUAAUGAAAUGGAUGCCUUGUCAGAGCGUGGUUUUGUUCCAGGAAUGUCAAAGGAAGAGCGGGAAAACUUGGCCAGAAGUGAGACACUUGCCAUUAGAUUAUCAAAUGUUGCAAAUAUGGUUCUUUUUGCUGCUAAAGUUUAUGCAUCUGUCAGAAGUGGCUCAUUAGCGAUCAUUGCAUCUACAUUGGACUCUCUUCUUGAUCUUCUAUCAGGCUUCAUCCUAUGGUUUACUGCAUUCUCCAUGCAAACACAUAAUCCUUAUCAGUACCCCAUUGGAAAGAAACGUAUGCAGCCAUUGGGGAUCCUUGUUUUUGCAUCUGUCAUGGCAACUCUAGGACUUCAGAUAAUCUUGGAGUCGGUGCGCACAAUGGUAUCUGACGAGAAAGAAUUUAACCUUACUAAAGAGCAAGAACGCUGGGUUGUGGGCAUUAUGCUCUCAGUAACCCUGGUAAAACUCGUCCUGGUUGUCUACUGCCGCUCUUUCACAAAUGAAAUUGUCAAAGCUUAUGCCCAGGAUCACUUUUUUGAUGUUAUUACCAACAUUAUUGGCCUCAUUGCUGCGCUUCUUGCUAAUUACAUUGCUGAUUGGAUAGACCCUGUUGGAGCUACCAUUCUUGCUUUGUACACCAUCCGAACAUGGUCAAUGACAGUAUUGGAAAAUGUGAAUUCCCUUGUUGGAAGAUCGGCUACUCCAGAUUUUCUUCAAAAACUCACAUACCUCUGUUGGAACCACCACAAGGCCAUUAGACACAUUGACACAGUCCGGGCUUACACAUUUGGGUCACACUAUUUUGUUGAGGUUGACAUUGUCUUGCCUGCAAGCAUGCCAUUGCAAGAGGCUCAUGACAUAGGUGAGUCCUUACAGGAGAAGCUUGAGCUACUGCCGGAGAUAGAGCGUGCCUUUGUUCAUCUUGAUUACGAGUACACCCACAAACCCGAGCAUGCUCAGUCAUAUUAAAGACAGGGAAAUAUGAUGUUCCCAUGGUUGUAUUACCCAAAAAAGAUAUAUCAUUUGUUGGACACAGGUUAUGAUGAAAAUUGUAUGCAAGCUUUAUAGAGCUAGGUUUUCCUGCA